CAAGAUCGCAUAUAAAUAACCAAAACGCCUGAGAGCCAACGAUUGAUUGAAGAUUCUCUGCCAAGAUGGAGUCGACAAAUGAUUCCAAUUCGGAGCCCGUUUCAAAGCCACAACUGAUCUACCGCUGCAAAAGAUGUCGAAGGAUCGUUGCCUCAGAGGAAAGCAUAGUUCCACACGAACGAGGGCAAGGUGGGCAAUGUUUUAAGUGGAGAAAAAGGAGUGGGCAUAACGUUGGGGACGAAGAGAAGGAGCCGACCCAAUGUUGCUCCAUAUUCGUCGAGCCGUUGAAUUGGAUGCAUCCGGUUCAAGAUGGGUACGUCGAAGAGAAGCUUCAGUGUAUCGGGUGUAAAGCUCGUCUGGGUUCGUUUAACUGGGCAAGUAUACAAUGCAAUUGUGGAGCUUGGGUGAAUCCUGCUUUUCAGUUGCUUAAGAAUAAGAUAGAUGAUUGCUAUAUGUGAAAAAAGGAAUUAAAGAACCAGGAUUGUUAUGUUGCUUGAUGAACUAAUUUUAGUAAAUUCCAUGAAUGAAUUUGGUAGUUUGUUG